AGCUGAUCGGCACGGUUAUAUAUCUCGGUGACAGAUAGUUCGCGACAUCAUUGUGCAUAAUGUAUAUGCUAGUGUGCGCGUUAACAAUACUAUCGGCGGUGGUUGCUCAGAAAGAACCGCAUUAUGUGCGCGGUCACGAUGGAAUGGUACACCUCUUCGAAUGGAAAUGGCCAGACAUUGCGGCAGAGUGCGAAAAUUUUCUGGGUCCUUUAGGAUUCGGCGGUGUGCAGGUUUCUCCGAUACAAGAAAACGUAAUUGUAGACAACAGACCAUGGUGGGAGCGCUAUCAGCCUAUAUCUUACAUUUGGCGUACGAGAUCGGGUACACCGGAACAAUUCAAAGAUAUGGUUCGUAGAUGUAAUAACGCCGGUGUGAGAAUUUACGUCGACGUGGUGUUUAAUCACAUGACCGGCGAUCAUAAAGUCGCACUGGGUACCGGCGGUUCGAUAGCCAAUACAUACAAUUUCAAUUAUUCGGCAGUACCGUACACAAGAGUUGAUUUUCAUCUACCAUGCGCUAUUAACAAUUACAAUAAUGCGACAAACGUGCGAGAUUGUGAAUUGAGCGGUCUACACGAUCUUGAUCAGUCGAAAGAAUUUGUCAGGGAGAAGAUUGUCAGUUUUCUAAACGACGCCAUCGAAGUUGGAGUCGCCGGUUUUCGUGUAGACGCAGCUAAACAUAUGUGGCCGAAUGAUUUAAAAGUGAUUUAUUCUCGGCUAAAGAAUCUCAAUCCCGAGCACCAUUUUGACGUAGGUGCACGCCCUUACAUAUUUCAAGAAGUGAUCGAUUAUGGGGGUGAAGCAAUCAGCAAAUACGAAUACAACAGUUUUGGCACGGUGACGGAAUUCCAGAAUGGCAUGAAAAUCAGUAACGCCUUGAAAGGACACGAUCAAUUAAAAUGGUUCGUCAACUGGGGAGAAGCUUGGGGGCUGUUACCAUCGCAGGAUGCUCUGGUAUUUAUUGACAAUCAUGACACUCAACGGGACAACUCCAACAUACUCACCUACAAGUCAUCGAAGUUGUACAAGAUGGCCGUCGCCUUCAUGCUGGCGCAUCCUUAUGGAAUCCCGCGUAUUAUGAGCUCCUUCGACUUCAACGAUUUUAACGAAGGUCCGCCCCACGAUUCCGCCGGAAACACUUUGUCUCCGAUCAUCAAUCCUGAUAAUACGUGCGGCAACGGCUGGAUCUGCGAGCAUCGCUGGCGUCAGAUUUACAAUAUGGUGCGCUUCCGAAAUGCCGUCAAUAAAACGAGUAUCAAUAAUUGGUGGGACAAUGGCCAGAACCAAAUCGCCUUCUGUCGCGGAAAUGCAGGAUUUAUCGCGAUCAAUGGUGAUCACUUUGAUUUGAAGCAGACUCUUUUUACCUGCCUGCAACCUGGUACUUACUGCGACGUCAUAUCUGGAAGCUUGGUGGACAACAAGUGUACCGGUAAGGUCGUGACAGUGGGUAACGAUAGCAAAGCUUACAUACAAAUUUUGACAUGGGAGGAAGACGGUGUACUCGCUAUUCAUAAAUGGUCCAGGGUAGCAUAAUGAAGAUCUGAUUGUACGAGCAAGAUAAAAAUAAAAAAAAAAUAUAAAAAUAUUUUUUGGUAUUAUAAUUUCUUAUUACGUACAUGUGUAUAUGUGGUACAGAAUAUAAUUUAUAUAUAAUAUAUAUGUAUAAAUAUAUAAAAUAUUAUGUAAAAUAUGUAAAAUAUUGCAACAAAUUAAAAAAAAUUAAUUAUCUUCGA